AUGCUGUCUUCGAUCUUCCUGUCCAGUCUCGCACUCGCCCCGUGCGUUGCACAGGCCCAGUCAUCGACAAACGCCUCUCAAGCUUCAGUAGCAACCACAUUUGUUCCUCAGUUCACUGUUCCAUCCGAAGCGGACGAUGGAGCCACUUUGCUGCCAAACAUCAACGACGAGGAUGCUCCUAAUGCACAAGACCACUGCCCUGGAUACACCGCCAGCAGUGUUAAAACCUCAUCCGCCGGCCUGACUGCCCAGCUAGCGCUCGCGGGACCAGCAUGCAACGUCUACGGGACCGACAUCGACAACUUAGAGUUGACCGUAGAGUAUCAGACCAGCUCUCGCCUACACAUCCACAUCCAUCCUUCCAAUAUCACCCCCCAAAAUGAAAGCUGGUACAUCCUUCCGACUGAAUAUGUCCCCGCUGGAACUCAAGCUGGCGGCCAAAUGACGAUGAGUGAUCUGAACUUCUCCUGGGACAACUCGCAAGAUACGGGCUUUGGUUUUAAUGUCACCCGCAACAGCACCGGUGACGUUCUCUUCUCCACCACAGGAACUAAGCUGGUCUAUGAGAACCAGUUUAUCGAACUUGUCACUCAUCAGGAUGAGGGCUAUAACCUCUAUGGGCUCGGGGAGGUCAUUCAUGGCCUAAGGCUGGGGAAUAACCUUACUCGCACCAUCUACGCUGCAGACGUUGGUGAUCCCAUCGAUGAGAACCUCUACGGUAGCCAUCCAUUUUAUCUGCAGACCAAAUACUUUGAGGUUGGUGAUGAUAACAGUACCACACUGGUAACCCAUGAACUAGACGUAAGUGAAGCGACAGGCAAUUACACUUCCUCUACCCAUGGCUUGUACUUCCGCAAUUCGCACGGAAUGGAGGUCCUCCUACGAGCCGAUAAUGUCACGUGGAGGACGUUGGGUGGAAGUAUCGACCUAUACUUUUUCUCUGGGCCUACACAACCAAACGUCACUCAGCAAUAUCUGGAAGUCAUUGGCCUUCCGGCUCUGCAGAGCUACUGGGGGUUUGGCUUCCAUCAAUGCCGAUGGGGCUACCAGAACUGGUCGGUCACUGAGGAAGUGGUGAACAACUAUAAAAAGUUUGGCAUUCCCCUGGAGACCAUCUGGAACGACAUCGACUACAUGAAUCAGUAUCGCGAUUUCGACAACGAUGAAAUCCGAUUCGGGUAUGAAGAAGGUGCCGCAUUCCUUCAGCGACUACAUGACAACGGCCAGCAUUAUAUUCCCAUUGUCGACAGUGCCAUUUAUGCUCCCAAUCCGGAAAACGCUAGUGAUGCUUACCAAACCUUCGACAACGGGAAGAACGCGAAUGCAUAUCUCCUGAAUCCCGAUGGAUCUAUCUACUAUGGAGCUGUCUGGCCUGGUUACACGGUGUUCGCCGAUUUUCUCGAGAACUCGACACAUCGUUGGUGGAAGGACGAAGUCGUGUCGUGGCAUCAGAAGCUUCCAGUUGACGGCAUCUGGAUCGACAUGAGUGAAGUCAGCUCAUUCUGUGUUGGUAGCUGCGGCACGGGAAACCUGACUCUGAACCCCGUUCAUCCUCCAUUCAAAUUGCCUGGAGAGCCUGGAAACGUCCUGUACGAUUAUCCGGAAGGAUUCAAUCUUACCAAUGCGACCGAAGCGGCAGCUGCUACUUCUGCUUCUCAAUCCCAAGCCGACGCGACUUCAACGGCCUCAAGCUCGUCUGCUACCGAGAGCUCCUCCACGAGCUAUCUUCGUACGACCCCGACUCCAGGAGUGAGGAACGUAAACCACCCGCCUUAUGUCAUCAACCAUGUUCAGGGCGACCUUGCAGUUCACGCUGUCUCUCCCAAUGCCACACAUCAAAAUGGCGUGAUGGAAUAUGACGUUCACAACCUGUAUGGCCAUCAGAUUCUCCAAUCCACUUAUGCGGCCUUACUGGCAGCAAUCCCUGGUAAACGGCCGUUCGUCAUCGGCCGGUCAACUUUCCCAGGCUCAGGCACCGUUGCCGGCCACUGGGGCGGCGACAACGCGUCUAAGUUCUACUACAUGUACUUCUCGAUCCCGCAAGCCCUGAGCUUCUCGCUGUUCGGCAUCCCCCUGAUCGGAGUCGACACCUGCGGCUUCAACGGCCAGAGCUCUGAAGAACUCUGCAAUCGCUGGAUGCAGCUCUCCGCAUUCUUCCCCUUCUACAGGAACCACAACGUGCUCUCCGCGAACCCACAGGAAGCGUACGUGUGGGAGUCGGUGAUCGACGCGACCAAGAAGGCAAUGGAUAUUCGCUUCCAGCUUCUGCCGUAUCUCUACACCCUGUUCUACAACGCACACACCAAAGGCGAGACGGUCAUGCGCGCUCUGGCGUGGGAGUUCCCCAACGACCCGUCGCUCGCAAACGCCGACCGCCAGUUCUUCCUCGGGCCGUCCAUCCUGGUCACGCCCGUGCUCACACAGGGCGCGAUAACCGUCGACGGCGUAUUCCCCGGUCUCGUCGAGGGCACCGAGGUGUAUUAUGAUUGGUACAAUAAAUCCUCCGUUGCGGUCCCCGCCACCAAGAAUACCACCAUUGAAGCACCCCUCGGUCAUAUCCCGGUCUACAUCCGCGGCGGCGCCAUCCUCGCCACGCAGGAGAUGGCCCUCACGACGCGCGACGCCCGCAAAUCGCCCUGGUCUCUGAUCGUCGCCCCGGACGUCGAUGGAGGUUCCGCUGGCAGUCUGUAUCUCGACGACGGGGAAUCACUGGCCCCAAAUGCCACCAAGCUCGUGACGCUGUCUUCCACCGGGCCUGGAAAUCUCAACGUCAGUGUGAUGGGCGACUAUGCAGGCCUCGAUCUGCCGCUCGCGAAUAUCACCUUCUUGGGUGUGCAGGUUGCGCCGCCGGACAAGGUGGUCAGAGUCAAUGGCCGGCCGCUGGGGAAUAGUUCGUAUGAUGCCGAUACGAAGACGCUGUUCAUUGGGGACCUGCUGAGUGCGCUGAAUGGGAAUGUUUGGGGUGCGGAUUGGACUUUGUCAUGA